ACCAAUGCUAUCCACCCGUAGCCCCCUACUAGUCUGUAUGCUGCCAGAGAUCUCCAUCUGCUGCUGCCAGCAAAGACUUGAGUCGACUUAGCCGAUAGCAUACAAGGAAGAAUAAUACAGAGAAGCCAAGAGAAAUAUCGGGAGGUGUUUGUCAAUAAUGCAUUAAAUGUGUCUGUACAACGUUUUAAAGGAGCAAAGCAAGCAGGCAUAAUUUUGGGAUAUAAUAUAUGCAUGCAGGCUUCAAAUGGGCUGGAAGAUAAAAUAGAAUUGUGUGGACUGAAGAGUUUUGGGGCAAAAGACAUGGGGGUACAGAUGGCGAGUGGAGUGGUGGGGGAGGAGAAACAUGGCCAAUUUUGAAGCAAGAUUAUCUGAUUCGCGAAGAGUGUAGCAUUGACUGUCCCAGGAUAUUUUCCUGGAAGCUUUCUGUCUUUUUCAAAAUGUGAUGGUGCUUUACUGAACAAGAAUAGAUCUUGUGUGCAUCAGGCUGAAAGUAAAUCUCUUUAUUUAUAUUGGUCAUGGCAAUCCUGUCACUUGCCAACUGAGGAGCAUUACCCCAGACUCUGCUGCAAUACUUUUCUGGGCUCAUCUUCAUUUAAUAGCUAAUACAGCUAUAGGCCAUCCCAGGUAAUAAAUUCAGACUGUAAUGCCAAGAUCUGUUGCUUCUGAUCUCAAGGAUUAAAAAUACGUCUGUACGCCCUCUCAAAGGUGCAGUAGCAUUAUAGUUGCAGUUAGGCACGUUCAGUUGAGCCAACCAUAACAUAUUUAAGAACGAGUGAAAUUCCAGCAAGUGAUGAGAGACCUAGCAUUUCUGUGAUACUCCUUCAAGCCAUGGAUGUAUUUCUGAUUGCCAUGGCUGCAGUUGACAGUUUCUACCUCUUGUAUAGGGAGAUUGGUCGUUCCUGCAGUUUUUAUAUGGAGGCACUGGCUUUAGUUGGAGCCUGGUAUGUGGCCAGAAAAUGCUUCGCUCUUGUGUGUGAUUCUUACAGCUUGAUCAGGUUGCAUUUCAUCCCCAAGCUGGUGAGCAGGGCUGAUUUUGUCAAGAAAUAUGGAAGAUGGGCGGUAGUCACUGGUAGCACAGCUGGCAUUGGAAAAGCCUAUGCUGAAGAACUGGCAAGCCGUGGCAUCAACAUUAUCUUAAUCAGCCGGAGCAAAGAGAAGCUGGAGGCCGUAGCUAAAGACAUAACCGAAACCUAUAAAGUUGAAACCGCUAUUAUAGUAGCAGAUUUCAGCAAAGGUCGUGAGAUUUACUCUUCCAUUAAGGAAGCCCUCAGAGACAAAGACAUUGGGAUUUUGGUGAAUAAUGUAGGAGUGUUUUAUACCUACCCGGAAUAUUUUACCAGGUUGUCUGAGGACAAACUAUGGGAAAUUGUCAAUGUAAAUAUUGCUGCCGCUAACAUGAUGGUGCACAUAGUGCUGCCAGGGAUGGUACAGAGGAAAAGAGGUGCGAUUGUGAAUGUUUCUUCUGGAUCCUGCUGCAAACCCACACCACAGAUGGCAGUGUAUUCAGCCUCCAAGGCCUACUUGGACCACUUCAGUAGAGCACUACAUUACGAAUAUGCUUCAAAAGGAAUCUUUAUUCAGAGUUUAAUCCCAUUCUUCAUCUCCACAAACAUGACACAAUUUGGUGAUCGCGUUCUGUCAAACAAGUUUUUGUGUGUGCCUUCAGCUAAAGUAUAUGCACAUCAUGCUGUUUCCACCCUUGGGAUAUCCAGAAGGACUACAGGAUACUGGAUCCAUUCUAUUCAGUUUCUGCUUGUACAGUACAUGCCAGAAUGGUUCUGGGUUUGGAGAAUGCAGAUUCUCAACAGAGCUCUACGUCGGGACGCCUUAUCCCACAGAAUAUAUUAGGAAUAUCCUCUAGGAAAUAGCCAAUGUGCUAAACUACUGCAGUAACCUAAUUUGAGCAUUGGAAGAACUCUUUAAAAAAAAAAAAAACA